AUGGAAAAGUAUGUUAGACUACAGAAGAUUGGAGAAGGUUCAUUUGGAAAAGCCAUUCUUGUUAAAUCUACAGAAGAUGGCAGGCAAUAUGUUAUCAAGGAAAUUAACAUCUCAAGAAUGUCCAGUAAAGAAAGGGAAGAAUCAAGGAGAGAAGUUGCAGUAUUGGCAAACAUGAAGCAUCCAAAUAUUGUCCAGUAUAGAGAAUCAUUUGAAGAAAAUGGCUCUCUCUACAUAGUGAUGGAUUACUGUGAAGGAGGCGAUCUGUUUAAACGAAUUAAUGCUCAGAAAGGCAUUCUGUUUCAAGAGGAUCAGAUUUUGGAUUGGUUUGUACAGAUAUGUUUGGCCUUGAAACAUGUACAUGAUCGAAAAAUUCUUCAUCGAGACAUAAAGUCCCAGAAUAUAUUUUUAACCAAAGAUGGGACAAUACAACUUGGAGAUUUUGGAAUUGCUCGAGUACUUAAUAGUACUGUGGAGCUGGCUCGAACUUGCAUAGGGACCCCCUACUACUUAUCACCUGAAAUCUGUGAAAACAAACCUUACAACAAUAAAAGUGACAUUUGGGCUCUGGGGUGUGUCCUGUAUGAGAUGUGUACACUUAAACAUGCAUUUGAAGCUGGCAAUAUGAAAAACUUGGUACUGAAGAUAAUAUCUGGAUCUUUUCCACCUGUAUCUUUACAUUAUUCUUAUGACCUCCGCAAUUUACUCUCUCAGUUAUUUAAAAGAAAUCCUAGGGAUAGACCAUCAGUCAACUCCAUAUUGGAGAAAGGUUUUAUAGCCAAACGCAUUGAAAAGUUUCUCUCACCUCAGCUUAUUGCAGAAGAAUUUUGUCUAAAAACAUUUUCCAAGUUUGGAGCGCAGCCUGUACCAGCUAAAAGACCAGCUUCAGGACAAAGCUUGGCUUCUUUUGUGUCUGCUCAGAAAAUUACAAAGCCUGCCGCUAAAUAUGGAGUACCUUUAACAUAUAAGAAAUUUGGAGAUAAAAAAUUACAUGAAAAGAAACCACUCCAAAAACAUAAACAGGCCCAUCAAAUCCCAGUGAAGAAAGUGAAUCCUGGAGAAGAAAGGAGGAAAAUGUUUGAGGAAGCAGCAAGAAAGAGAAGGUUGGAAUUUAUUGAAAAAGAAAAGAAACAAAAGGAUCAGGUAAUUAGUUUAAUGAAGGCCGAGCAGAUGAAAAGACAGGAAAAGGAAAGGUUGGAGAGAAUAAAUAGGGCCAGGGAACAAGGAUGGAGAAACGUGCUAAAUACUGGUGGAAGUGGUGAAGUAAAGGCUCCCUUUUUUGGCAGUGGAGGGGCUGUGGCUCCAUCAUCUUUUUCUUCUCGAGGACAGUAUGAACAUUAUCAUGCUAUUUUUGAUCAAAUGCAGCAACAAAGAGCAGAAAAUAAUGAAACUAAAUGGAAAGGAGAGAUAUAUGGCCGAAGACAUCCAGAAAGAGGAAUUUCACCUGAAAAACAUCUAGGAUUUCAAGGGGCUACAGGUCAUCACCAUUUCCCAAAUGCUGAUGCUCUUAGAAAAGCUUUGAAAAGAUCGACAAUCAUGUCUAAACAAGCCAAUGUAAACAGGCAAAAGGGGCAGCUAGCUGUGGAAAGAGCUAAACAAGUAGAAGAGUUCCUACAACGAAAACGGGAAGCACGGCAAAAUAAAGCUCGAGCUGAAGGACAUAUGGGAAUCCUGCAAAACCUGGCAGCUAUGUAUGGAGGCAGGUCCAGCUCUUCAAGAGGAGGGAAGCCAAGAAACAAAGAGGAAGAGGUUUAUCUGGCAAGACUGAGGCAAAUAAGACUGCAGAAUUUCAAUGAGCGCCAACAGAUUAGAGCCAAACUUCGUGGUGAAAAGAAAGAAGCUGAUUAUUCCGAAGGACAAGAAGGAAGCGAGGAGGCUGGCAUGCGGCGUAAAAAAGUUGAAGCAUUUAAGGCCCAAGCAAGUGCACGUGCUGCUGUACUAAAAGAACAAUUAGAACGAAAGAGAAAGGAAGCAUAUGAGAGAGAAAAGAAAGUAUGGGAAGAGCAUUUGGUGGCUAAAGGAGUAAAGAAUUCUGAUAUGUCUCCACCUUUGGGACAACAUGAAGCAGGUGGCUCUCCAUCAAAGCAACAGAUGAGAUCUGUUAUUUCUGUGACUUCAGCUUUGAAAGAAGUGGGAAUGGACAGAAGUUUAACUGAGACCCAGGAAACCUCAGAAGACAUGCAGAAGACUAACACUGCUAUUUCAAGUAAGCGAGAAAUACUACGUAGAUUAAAUCAAAAUCUUAAAGCUCAAGAAGAUGAAAACGGAAAGCAAUGUCACUCUGAUACGUGUGAGAUAGUUGUUAAUGAAGAUGCCAAAGAGCAUGAAAAAGAAAAAUCGGUUUCAUCUGAUCGCAAGAAAUGGGAGGCUGGAGGUCAACUUGUGAUUCCUUUGGAUGAGUUUACAUUGGAUACAUCCUUCUCUGCAACUGGAAAACAUACAGUGGGAGAGGUUAUUAAAUUAGAUCCUGGUGGAUCUCCAAGAAAAGUCUGGGGGAGAAGCCCUACAGAUUCAGUUCUAAAGAUACUUGGAGAAGCUGAACUACAACUUCAGACAGAACUAUUGGAAAACACAACUGUUAGAAGUGAGACUUCUCCUGAAAGGGAGAAUUACAAACCUUUAAUUCCUGGAGAAGAAAAAGUAGAAUAUAUUUCACUUGAAAUGAAUCCAUCAGCUACUGUUGAUUCUUCUGUUGAAAUGAACAGUCCAGAGUUUAGUGAGGCAUCUCCACAGACAUCAUUGAAGCCAGAAGAAAAUGUGGAUGAAGCUGAUGGCUUAGAAACAGAAGUUCUGCAAGAGCCAGAUGGAGCAAACAAAGAUGGUAGCUUGCCAUGCACGAUUAUUGAUGUGUGGAUUAGUGAGAUAAAAGAAACAAAGGGAACUGAGUUGGAAGAUAGGAUCACUGUUCAGCAAAAUGAAAUUUCUGAAGAUGAAAUCCCAAACAAUGUGGACCACCUUAGUGAAGUUGAUAUAAGACCUGAAAUAGGUGAUUCUCAGCACCCUAAAUGUGAUGUUGAUAAAUCUGUGCAAUCAGAGCCAUUUUUCCAUAGAGUGGUUCUUUCAAAACACUUGAACGUAGUCUCUCAAAUUCAGUCAAUUCUAUGUUCACCAGAAGAAUCCUUUCCGCUUCGAUCUCGCUCUGAUUCACCAUCAAAAAAUAAAAGCCAAAAUUCCUUGCUGAUUGGACUUUCAACUGGUCUAUUUGAUGCAAACAACCCAAAGAUGUUGAGGACAUGUUCACUUCCAGAUCUCUCAAAAUUGUUCAGAACACUGAUGGAUGUGCCCACUGUAGGAGAUGUAUGUCAAGACAAUCUUGAAAUAGAUGAAAUUGAAGAUGAGCAUAUUAAAGAAGGACCUUCUGAUUCUGAAGACAUUGUUUUUGAAGAAACUGACACAGAUUUACAAGAGCUUCAGGCCUCUAUGGAACAGUUACUUAGGGAACAACCUGGAGAAGAAUACAGUGAGGAGGAAGAAUCAGUCUUAAAGAACAGUGACAUAGAACAGACUGCAAAUGGGACAGAUCUGGCAGAUGAGGAUGACAAUCCCAGCAGUGAAAGUGCCCUAAAUGAAGAAUGGCAUUCAGAUAACAGUGAUGGUGAGAUUACCAGUGAAUGUGAAUAUGAUAGUGUCUUUAACCAUUUAGAGGAACUGAGACUUCACCUGGAGCAGGAAAUAGGCUUUGAAAAAUUCUUUGAGGUUUAUGAGAAAAUAAAAGCUGUUCAUGAAGAUGAAGAUGAAAAUAUCGAGAUUUGUUCAACAAUAGUUCAGGAUAUUUUAGGAAAUGAACAUGAACAUCUUUAUGCCAAGAUUCUUCAUUUAGUCAUGGCAGAUGGAGCCUAUCAAGAAGUCAAGAGCACUAAACGUGGUACCAGACCAGUGGGUAUAGUCCUGACUCUGACAAGCUGUGCAGUAGGAAUUGGAGAAGGGAAGCUUGGAUUAUCAAAAAUGGAAAGAAAUGUAGAGCCAUAA